CUUAAUGUUCACACAAACGUUGAAUCAAUCGGUGCAACUUGUUUGGAAUACACAGUAUAAAGAUAUAUUCAGAAGACAGAUUUCAUAACGAUCACAGUGGACAUGUAUAGGGAUAUUAUUUUUAAACUGGGAAUUGUUAUUUCGAUCUUGGUCCCUUACUCCAAUGAAUCAUCGUUGGAUUAUGUAACUGAUGACAGCAACAGCUACGGUGUUACUGAAUCUUCUCACGUAUCAAGAGAACCUCCAAUAUUCUAUCAAGGAGUGGAAGGUACUCCUGGAGUAGACUUUCCCAUUUUCUCGCAUAUUCCCAAAACAAUAUUCAGUUGCAGGGGCCUUGAAUCGGGGUAUUAUGCAGAUUUAGAUACGGAUUGUCAGGUAUUUCACAUUUGCGAGGAAGAGAAAAAAAUAUCAUUUUUGUGUCCAAAUGGUACAAUUUUCCAACAGUCAGAUCUGAUUUGUGAAUGGUGGUUCAAAGUUGAUUGUACCAACACUCCAAAUCUAUACGAAGAAAGUGCUGAACAGCUGAGAAAUGAUAAAUCAAGAAGGAAAUCAUAUCGUCGGGUAAUUUCAGGUGGACAUGUCAAUCAUGGAGCCAUCAUGAGAGCAGAAGAAGUUUCAUCCACUAGUGUGAAGAAAUCGGGACACAAGUAUGAUAAUUCUGACGGAUUCACUGAAGAGACUUCGAAACGAACAUCGUAUAAUUCGAAUAACACUUCUAGACAUGUAUAUGAAAAAGACGGAGGAUAUUCUGGGAAACUAUACGAAAGUAAUAAACAAGUAGUUAAUGGUUCGUUAGGAAGAGCUCAUAAUUCCUUAAGAACAUUCAACGACAAUGCGCUAGCCCAUUCAAAAGUUCGUAGAUUCAAUGAUGAUCAGACCGGAAAUUAUUUGAACCACUUUCAAGAAGACAAAAAAAAUACCGAUCGUAGUGAUUCAAAGUCAGUGACAAAUAAAUUUAUAGGUAAUCAAAAGAUGAAGAAUGUUGUUCAGUUCCAGAAACAUUCCAAAGAGUAUCAUGUACAGUUUCCCGUAUCAAACACAGGUACGGAUAUUUAUACAAUUUCUGCAAGAAAGAAUGAGGAACAUGAAUUAAAAUCAAAAGAAGAAUCAGUCUAUCCAGAUGAAUCUAACGAUAAGGUACGAUCUGAUUCUGAUGAAACACAAAUUACUGAAGAAUCUUCAUCUUUCACUAAAAAUGUGUAUAAUAGUAUUCAAGAUGAUAGUGCAAAAGUUUCAACUGUUAAUCCAUAUCCGAACCAUCGAAUAACGUAUUCUGAUUUGAAAACCCCAAAUCUUUCUUCAUCUAAAGUUUUGAACACAAUUUCGUCGGUUACACCACAAUAUAUUACAACACAACCCAUCAAUAAUGGAAAGCCGUUUUUGGGAAGCCGAGUUGGUAUCAAUAUUACUACUACAGAAAGCCCAUCUGAGGCGUUGCCAGUUUUUCUCGACAAUAACCAAAAUGCAUCGACUAAUUCAUUAUAUAUGAACAAAAAAAGUAAAGAAUCUUCGAGACACAGCAACUCAACAAAUCUGCCUAUGGUAAAGGGAAGCAGUGAAUAUGUUCUCAUCACUGGUGUAGUGAAAUCUGAAUCUGAUGGUUUGACAAUCAAUUCAUCGAAUAAUUCUCAGUUUAGCUCACCUUUGUCAACAAAACUGAUUGAAAAUGUCAGUUUUGCGAAAAAUUCUAACUUUUCACAAUCAUCUACCCUACCUACAGAAUUUGGAAAUGAGAGAAUAUCAACUACGAUAAGACCUCCACAUAAUUAUAAUUCCUCGGAGACAGCAUUUAGGAAAUCUGUUCCUAGUAAUCAAUCCAUUCUUUUCAGUCACAAUAAAGCUCCAAAUCAAAAGGAAAAACUAUCAUCGCUCAACCCGUAUGUUCCGACUUUGGAACUAACAACAAAAACUAUCGAUCAUGCUACAGUUUAUGGAUCACCGGUGAAAAUUAAUCCAACGACACCAUUUCCAACUCGUGUUGGGAAUACAGUUCAAAUAAAAUUUGAUGAAAACGUUGACAAAGUGGGAAUUCAUUUGACAAAAUACAUAACGAGUUCAUCUUCAAAACAAGUAAUGAACUUGAAUAAUACACCUUCCCGUGAUAAAGAAGUACAGAGUUCGGUAAAUUCAACCAAAGAAUUCGAAGGACUCAAAAAUAUCAUUGUUGAUGAUAACACGAAUAGGUAUUCCGAUUUUGGUGAGGAAAAUGAAAUGGAUUCUUUAAGAAACGAAUUCGAUAUUGACAAUAAUCGUGAUUCAGUUCCGGUGUCGAGAUCGUUACUUGAAAUUGACUUGAAAAACAAAUCAUCUACCAUCAAAAAUAUUGAUUCAGUUACAACGCCUACUCAUUCAGAAUCUCAUACUUCUGACUAUCCCAUUCUAUAUGUAUUAUUGAGAAAUUCAACUCAGCAACCCAGACCAUUUGAUAAAUCUCAUCAAGCCCUCUCAUCUUCCAGAUUCAAUCCUAGUGAAUCAUACAGUUACAAAGUAUCAUCGGCUAGCCCCUUCAAACUUCCACUCACACCUGAGUCAAUUCUACCAAUAACCGAAUCGACAGUAACACCAGAAAUUUUCGAAAGGUCAAACAAUAUGCUGAAUAUUCUGAAGGAAAUAUCCAAAAUUGAACAAGAAUAUCCAUCCGAAACUCCUAGACCAGGUUUAGUUAUUCCGCCAUCUGUUGGACCACAGACCUUACACACAUUGGCAAUAUACUUUGAAAAUGCCCUUGAUCAAAUUGCAUCCGAAAAAGGAGUAUCUUCAGAGAAUCGAGACAAUGAAAUAAGUAAAGAGAAGCUUACUCAUCUAUUAACCGAAAUGACUAGACACGGGUAUAGUCAAUUGUUCACGGAAAACUUAGAAACCGACAAGUAUACUACUGAAUUAAGUAGCAGUACUUUAAAUGCAGAUGAAAACAUAGAUUUAGGGGCACAGACCUCAGAAAAUCUUGUACAAAGUCCUAAAAUACGAGAGCUAGCCAGAAAUUUCACUUUAGCUUUGUCAUCGUACUUGAAUGACCCUGAUAUGUUCAGAAAGGAUUUGCAAGAUUUGAGGCCAACUGAACCUCCAGUAAAAAGUAACCAAGAAAGCACUUCUGAUAAUGAAAAAGGUAAAUUGGUCGAUGAAGAGCUUCUCAAUUUUUCAGACUCCGAUCCUAAACUGAGUCUUCCUGCAGUCUUUUCCACUACAUCAACACCUUCAUCCACGUGGUCUUUCCUUUUAGCGAAAAAAGCUACAAAUCAGAUAGAAAUCGAUAAUUCAUUGAAUCCUGAUUUGAAUACCGCCGAUACACAAUCCUUUGUUCCCAGUUUCAACAAUGUCAAUGUAGAGAGUGAUCAAAAACAAAAAAAUACGUCAAACUUUCUCGGAAAUCAUUGGACUACUUCUCCUAGUGCCACAAAAUUAUGGAGAAAUACUUUUUCAAUAAACCCUGCCAUUGUCAAUGAUCACUUGGAAACUGCGGUAACAGUAUCAACUAGUACUGAAAGCGAAUUCACAGAAGAAUAUCCACUGCUGGAUCUGUCUCAUGAAAACAACGAAAAUUCUAAAGAAAAUGAAUAUGAGUUCGGGUCUCUCAAUUCCACUGAAGUGCACGGGCUGUUGAUAGACUUCAUGAAUACAACAGAUAGAGACUCAAACGUACUUCAUAAUAUAUUAAGAAAGAUGAAUAUAACAGAAGAUGAAUUUCUGAAGAAGAUGAGAGAUAUUGAAUCUAAUCCUCUAACUAGAAGAUUGAUAUUACUAUUGAUUAGCGAGUGUGGCAAAGAAGCAGCACGAAAUGCCGACUUCGAAACAGACCAUUUACCUCUUGAGCGAACAUUACCAGAAGAUGAUUCACAACAGCUUAUUCAUCCAUCAUUUUCUGGAAAUAAUGAAGACACAAGAGCACUUCAGUUAUUGAAUUCUUUAUACAGUAUAGCUUCAAAAUUUAGGAAAUAAUAUUCGUUCAUCACAAACGCUGUUUCUGCUAAUCAAUUUUGGUUUCCUUAUUCACUCUACACAUUACAGUUCGGGAUUAUUCCUUUGCUAAUACUGGUGCAGGCAUUACGAAACCUAUCAAAUACUCAGUUAUUACUUCUCUCUUAUUAUUUAGUAACAUUCCUAUUUUCUUCAAUUUUGGGAAGAGACAGAUAAAAUCAAUAUUACUGAGUGUUCCGUUCGAAUUCCCUGCCCAACUGAAGGAAAAUUAUGAUGGAGCAAAAAGAGUUCAUACCUUCUUCAGGGAGUUUUUUCGUAAAUAAUGUGUGGUGAAUUUUUAAAAAAGAGACUGUACAUGUACAUAUUUAAAAUAUCUUCUGUAGAUACUGGAGUUGAAUCUCCUGUAAUGGAUUCAUUUGAAUAAUUUGUGAAUUGUCACAGAAAACGGUUUUGCACAAUUAUUUUUUCCUCGAAACAACUCUAUAUAUUAAAACUUACAGGUAGGCUUUGAUGAUGAAUAUAUAAUCAGACGAUUUGUACAAUCAUACUUGCUUUUAAACCCAAAAGAUUCUGCCACUGUUGAUGAUUGGUGGAAAAUUAAAAGCAGCAUUGAACUGUUUCAGAACAUGAGCUAGAUGGUGGAUAUAUUUUAAAUAUUCUCACAAUGCAUACAUUAUAAUUUGGUUCGUGACAAUAUACAGAAAAAAACUUGUAAAAUUGUGUAGAAUAUAUAGUGCUUAGACAUUUUCGUUUUGCCAGAUAUCAUACUGAUUAUUUUUGUCGAAUACAAUGAGGGUAUCAUUUCAAACAAUAAAUGCAGAAUGUGAAUGUAUUCUAUAUCAAUCUUUGUAUUAUAGUAGUUUAUUGUACUUUAUUUAUUAUGCCGUGAGAUUUUGUUGAUAGAUAUUAAUAAAGUUUAGAUCAAUGACAAA